AUGGAUAUGGAAGUCGAUAGCGUUGAUAGUUAUAGUAAUGCUUCGGAAGGUGGAAAGUUCUCUCACUUAAAGUCUUUCGUAAAUGCCGCAAGAGAAUUUGAGGCUACUCACAGCGAUUCUGCUGUGAAUUUGAUGACUAGAUACUUAGGGCUAAUAGCUUCAUCAUGCGACUUAUCAAUUUUCUCACCUGGGAGAUCGGAAGUCUGUGCCUUCUUCAGCUCACUAUGGCGUGUUAUGUGCGACGCACGAGGACCUCACUGGGCAGGAGUGGCUGUGCUAUCCCGAGCAUCUAUUGAGCCCAGUGCCAGACAUGCACUCACUCAUACUUACAAGUUUAUGCCAAUAUUGGCUCGUUUACUGACAGACUCUAUAUCCAAUGACAAGAAAAUUAAACUUCUUUCUGUAAUGCAGGAGAUAUCUUAUGGCAUCAAAAUUAGUUGGCAAGAGUCAUACCUCUCUGGUCUAAUGAAACAGCUUACAGAAUGGAUCACACAACCAAUGUCAGAUCCACAACAUCGCACCAUAGGUCAUAGGUCUUUAACAGUACUUGUGAAUGUGUGCUAUGGAAACCUGCCAGCAAUAUAUGCACUAAUGAGGACUGUUGAUACAAAGGAGUUUGUAAUUCACCUUGUUAGUUUAAAGGAGGGUGGUUACGGUGGCGUGGAGGUGUGCAGAUUGCUCUUGUGUCUGUCAGGAGCGACAAGAGGUGCGGCGGCAACGAGACAGCCUGAUGUACACAGCUACUUAUGUUGCACUAUGCGUACCUUUCAUAAGGCUGUCAGUGAAAAAGAUGCAACACAGCUACUUCAUGCGUACACAUUUAUCAACGACUUGUGUACUGACAGUAAUUUAAGGGGCUUUGUGCUAUCAUAUCCGAACUUUGCUACUGCUCUAAAUGAAGUGCUUAAGGAAAUAGACGAAGUGUGCCAAUGUACAAUUAAUGAACUUGGAGACCCCGACACUUUGCCCACUUGCUUGCAGAACAUUCUCAAGUUUCUUACGGUGCUUGUCAAUUUAGAUCUCUAUUCAUUAAGAUGUCAUCAUGGUGCUUUGGUAAACCUGUGUAUGAAAGCUAGCCGGAUCUGUCUACCAGAGUCCUUAGAAUUAUUCGCCGCUAUUGUACUACAAUAUAAAGAUGAAGGCGUUCUCCCAAAAGAUUUAAUAUCAACAUUGAGUGAUGGACUUCCAGGUUUAUUGGUUCCGCCAUCUUUAGAACCAGGCAAAGCUGGAUUACAAUGGUUACAAGUAGUGGGAGCUCUAUGCGAAUCGAGCGAAACGCAAGAACGAGUGUUACAAGAAGUCACACCAGGUGCUUUUGAAGACACACUAUACAGUGUACUGCAGUAUACUUCACAGAAUGGAGUGGUAGGUGUAGAAUCAUCCCAGCAGGCUGUAGUGGUGGGAUGUCGGACGGCGCUGACGCUAGCUCCCCUAGAGAGGCAUUGGGAAGCCGCGCUUGCCCGGAUGCUGGCUCAUCAUCAAGUUCGAAAAUUACUAUGUGCUGGAUUAACAAGUAACAAUGGCGCUCGAAGAAGACAAAUACUGCAACUCGUGAAACAUCAUUAUUUUCCGCCCGACCAGAUGAACCAGGUGUUCGGCGAAUCUCUCCAAGGCAUAGCGGAGGCGGAGGCCCCGCAGGCGGCGGGCGGGGCCGGGGGCGGCGGGGGGCGGUGCGGCGGCGCGUGCGGGGAGGGCGCGUGGGGGGGCGCCAGCGCCGCGCCGCACCAGGAGCGCGCCAUCGACGCGCUCGUCGCGCGCCUCACCGACGCGCUCCGCGACGGGAAGGUAUCGGACAUCGCGACUUCAAGUGUAAUGGAGUUAUACGGAUACAAAAUGACGUGUUUAGAGCAGAGGUUACAUUCACACUCUGUUGCGCUACAGGGUGCGAGCGAACACAUGGCUUCCUUACAACAUUCGUUGGCUAUGCUUCAAGCCACCAACUCAUCACAACAAGACGUCUUGUACACUACACAAAUGCAAAAUGAAAGGCAUAAGAAAACUAUUGAAGAUCUUCAUAAACAACUGGAAGAUGCCGAAACUACGUUGCGAGGGUUCCGCGCAAAAUUGGCCGCAGAGAAAGUGGAUAAAGAAAACCAAAAGGAAAUUUUACACAAAGAGUUUCGCGCACAGAUGGCGAGUAUGGAGAAUGAAAUGAAACUCCGCGAGAAAGAGACUGAAGAACGACUGAAAGCCGCUGACGCGGAAUAUAAAGCACUUCAAAAGAAACUGGAUCAACAGGCAACCAAGAACAGCGAGUUGGCUUGUGUUUUAAUUAAAUUCGAGGAGCGAGUGAAGCAACGUGACAAGAAGUUAGAGGAGGCGGUCGCUAGCGAUGCUGCACUGAAGAAAGAGAUCGAACAUAAAGAGAGCACAAUAAAACAACUGGAAAAGACAGUUCUUGAGCCAACAUACAGAGCUAAUGACUAUAGAUACCUGACGUCAGCGAGCAGAAGCACAGAUCUCACAAACGGCCUAUGCAUUGAAAUAUAG